GAGGCACAAGUGGGGUACGGGGCAACAAGAUGCAGAGGAAGGACUUGUGCUGCUAAUGAACGACCUCAAAGAAUCUUGUACUGGGCGAGGAAGUUUGGCGUGCCAGCGUGCAAGCUCGGUACUUUCCACAUUCAAAAAAUGCCUCGACUGUGACUCGGAAUGUCAUAUUCAAGAUGAAGCAAUGCAUUCUUUCUCACUUACCAUUCCAGAUGCAAAGGAGACGGUUCACAAGGAAUUGCGAUUACAAAACAUAUAURAUCAAUUCUUUGAAGCUGAAAUUCUAGGAAAGCAAGAGUGUCAAGUUCGAUGCGAUACUUGUAAAAGAGAAACAGACCACCUGAAAUACAGCAAUAUCGCAUUAGCCCCAGAAGUAUUAACCCUGACGUUGAAGAGGUAUACUGGUGGACAGACAAAGAAAUCGGAAAGGGUUCGAAUAGACRGAACAAUACAAUUAAGAUCUAGGUAUAUCACAACGUCUGUGGAAGAAUCAAAAACARAGCGUUAUCAUUUGAAAGCAGUGGUCUUGCAUGUGGGUGAGCAUCUGCAGACAGGUCAUUACAAGGCACUUUUAGGCCUAGAUGCGGACGAUAAGUUAGUAGAAGUGGAUGACGAUCAAGUCAGAGAAUUGAAGCCAGGUUAUUUGUCCAGUAAACUGGUAGAAACAAGCUGCUAUAUAUUGUUUUAUGAGAGGGAUGCGCAGGUGGAGGAAUGUUCUUCUUUGUCGGGCGUGGACGCUAAUUUGUCCGGACAAAACACCCAUCAUGACUUUCAAGAGGAAACACUAAAUGGUUGUGAAAAAGCGCUUACCUGUGAAGCAAAGCUAAAGCGAUGCAUGAACAUAGAUGGUAGAGAUGAAAUGUUUGCUGAAAUUGCUGGAAUUAAAAUCUUUGGAAAAGACCUUAAAACUCUGGAGUACCCCCAAACUGACCACAGUUAUUCCUUAGUGUCACCGACAGGAUACGUCAACGAUAACAUACUCAGUGCAUCMUUGUCUUUAAUUGCAAAAGAAGCAAAGGAAGUUGGCCUAACAGUAAAGAUGUUUGAUACCAAUCUGAAUGCGCAACUUCACGGGAUUCAAAGCAGUCGCGACAUGACMCCUGAAGAAAAAGGCAUCGCCUUGAUAAAGCUAACAACCCGAAUGAAAAGUUGCAAGGAAGGAUUGGUCAGAGAACAGUAG